ACGACUUCCGGGACACUUAAAAGCUAUGAGAUGCACCUGAACCCCAAGCAAAACACUCCAAUAAACGCCCACAGUGGCAAGCGCUCCCCCAGAACAAAACUAACUAACUAACUAACUAAAUAAAGAGUGGGAGUGUAAAUCUCGUCACGCCAUCAUCUGGGUCCUGUUCACGUCAGGCAGGCGCAGUGUGCUUGGACAAAUGGACCUGGGAUCAAACUCGUCUGGCGUGGGCGAUGACAUCACAGACGAGACCGCGUCGCUGAUGGAGGAGAAGGGCUCCUGUGAUGAAGGAGAGGAGAGCUCAGACAACCAGAUAAACUGCAUCAGCUCGCUCCCACCCCCCGUGCCCACCUACAAGCAGAGGCGGGACGAGUUCCGGAGGUUGUUCAAAGACCUGGCAAACUCGGGCAGACUCCUGCUUGACUACCCGUGCGCUCUCCAGCGAGACAUCCUCCUGCAGGGACGCCUCUACCUCACCCACAGCCAUCUGUGUUUCUACAGCAAUGUCUUCCGCGGCACUAAGAUUGGCCUGGCCUUGAAGGACAUCAGCCACAUGAGCAGGGAGAAAACGGCGCGGUUCAUCCCGAACGCCAUCCAGAUCUGCACCAGCAAGGAGAAGAUCAGUGAUUUGUGUUUCGAUGCACACCCUCCCUUCAACCUCUCGCGCACCCUCACGCAGCUCUUCUUCACUUCCUUCUCGGAGAGAGAGAAAAGAUUCAACUGCGUUUUCCGCUUGUGGCAGAACGCGCUGCUGGACAAGCCGCUGACCAACGCAGAGGUUUGGCAGAUGGUCAGGCAGCACUAUGGAAAUGACCUGGGCUUGAGCCAUGAGGAGAUGGAGAGCGCGCAGUCCCCCGCGGAAUUCUACAUGACGAGCAGCCCGAGUGCAAAGCCCAGCGGCGGCGACGACGGCUGCUCGGGGAGGCCGGAGCACACUCCUUCCGUUCGCCUUUCCGGAAUGGAGCUGCUAUCCCUGGAAGAGUUCUCCUCCGCCCCCAGCUCGCUGAAGUCUGCCGUCGAGGAGGAACGGCGCACCUCGCUGCCUCCGUGCUGCAGUCCCGUUCCGUCUUCGGCCCCGCUGGCGCAGGAACGGCUGGCUGCGCUUUCCCCGCCUUCCCUGCAAGAGGACGGCGUUACUCAGGAUAGCGGAUCGGAGAGCCUGGAAGAAGCGGAGGAGCGAAUCGGCCUGCCGCAGGAGCAGGGCCGCCUGUACCUCAACAGGGUCUUCCACAUGAGCGCCAGCCGCAUGUUUGACCUCCUCUUCACCGAUUCGCCCUUCAUCCGCCGCUUCAUGAACGUGCGCAAGAUAACCAAUGCGAGCUUUGCGGUGUGGCAGAAGAACCCCACGGGGGACAUGAAGAGGACCCUGAACUACACCAUAACCAUCAGCAACCCCCUGAUUGGCAAAUUCUCCACCGCGACAGAGAACCAGACGCUGUACAAAGAGUCGCGGGAGGGUCAGUAUUACCUGGUUGACUCGGAGGUGUACACGCACGACGUCCCCUACCACGACUACUUCUACACGCAGAAUCGCUACUACAUCAAAAGUCACACCAAGCGCAAGUGUCGACUAAAGGUUUACACGGACGUGAAGUACAAGAAGCAACCGUGGAGCCUGGCCAAGUCCUUCAUCACCAAGAACUCUUGGAGCGGGAUUGAAGAUUAUUUCAGACAACUGGAGGCGGAACUUCUGGAGGAGGAGGCCGACAUCAACCAGGGAGCGGCGGAGUCCGGCAAAGUCGGCGGUCUGCUGCGGCGGAGGCGGCGGACGUACAGCCGCACGAUGCUGGAGCACAUGAAGCCCGGCAAGCAUUUCGGCCAGGCGCCCGAUGAGCACAGGGACGGCAAAACGGGCCCGACGGAGAUGAGCAGCCCGUACGGAUGGAGCGUCUCGGCCAUGGUGGUGGCAAUAAGCGUGCUUCUGCUGCUCCUGACGUUGCUGAAUGUGGGCUUGUUCUUCAAGUUGUGGGCCAUGGAGGACGUGGCCCACCGCAUGUACCUGACCACAAAGCAUCGUCUCAGGGAGAGGAACGACGCCAGCGCGCCGCCAGAGUACGCGCCCAGACCGGGUUCGCCGUUCAGGAGCAGAGAGGAGGCGCAGCUGCUCAGAACCGUGCUGCAGGACUCCAUCAACGUUUUAGACCAGCUCCGCCGCUCUCUGAUGCUGCUCCAGCAGAACUUUCCGUCGGCCAAUCAAACGGCGGCUUCACAGUGACGCACGGCGGGUGCUAAACACCGUCGUCGUGUUUUUAUUGAUAUCGACUGACCUCUUGAAAUGUGCCUUUUGUGCGAGUUGCACACGACACCAAAUGUAAAUAUUUUAUUUUGUUUUAUUGACGGACAAGUGAAUUAUUUAAGUCUUUUGUUUACAAUUGUUUUAAUUUUUUUGCACACAGGCCUCGAGCCUGGGAUGUUUUUAUUUUUUUUUUUAUUUCUUGAAAUAAAUUGGAUCAUUCGA